AAAACUAUAUCUUUCUAUAAUUUACAUGAAACAGAAAAAAAGGAUCUUUAAGGGUUAUAAAUGAAGUCACAGGAUAUACAGAUGAACACGCAGAAUCUCUCAAGAAAAGUAUCAAAAAUAUCUCUUGAUUUUUCUACAGAAGAAGCAUCAGAUAAUGAAUUUGAAUUUGAAAGCGCGUAUGCUAGAAUGUUAUUUGCUAAAGAUAGAAAAUCAGGAGAAAGGAAUUGUAUAGAAGAUAAUAAAUAUGAUAUUAAGAAAAUAAGGAAAAAAAGAUCUAUUAAAAAAGAGAGGGAAUCACCAAAUGAAAUUUUAAAACAAAAUAUAGAAGAAUCUAAUUCUACAUUACAAACAAUCAGGAGCAUGGAGAAUGCAGGAAGGAAUUAUAUAUAUGAUAAAAAAAAUGAUUUUAUAGAAAAAAGUAUAAAUUACCAUAAGAAUCUUAAAUAUACGGAAGAAUUACAGUCAAUGCCACAAAAGGAGUUAGUUGAUAUUUCUGCUUUUUCAAAUUCUAUGGCACUUAUAACAGCACAAACUAAAAUAAAUCAACAUAGUCAAGAAUCACAUACAUUUCAAACUCCAGCUUUAAAACAAAGUUGGGGAAUUAAUGCAUCGUCUUCAGCUCGUUGGAAACGUAUUGGACGAAUAGGCUUAGGACCACCAAAACGUGCAGAGCGUCUUUCAAGUGAAAGUGUGGAUGAACUUGAAAAUGGCACAGAAGUAAGACAAGAAGAUUCUAAACUUCCUUUUUUAGGAGCAGAAAAGCAAGACAUACAAACUUUUAAUGGUGGUAAAGAAAAUAUACCACAUGAACAUAUUAUGAAUAAGGAAAAUCAAUUUGACAUUUUUCCUGUACUCUCGAAUUCAACGUCACCAAUAGAAAAUCAAAAAACAUCCCCAAAGAAGUUCAAAAAAAUGCAAUCUUUAUUGAUAAAUCCAGUAAACUGUCUUCAAGAUACAGAUUUAAUUGUUCAAAAUAAAAAUGAAUCUGUUUUACCAGUUUAUAUAUCAAAAUCAUCACUUUUUGAAAAUUUACAGAAAAAUAUAGAAACAAAUUCUCCAAAGGACUCUUCUAUUAAGAAAUCUGAUUCAUGUUGUUUGCAAUCAAUGUUAAAAUCUGAAAAGAAAAAUUCAGUAGAUGUAAAUGACAAUGUUUUACCUCAAACAAAUUCUCCUAACACAAAAACUAAUUUAUCAUCAUUGCAAAAUGUUUCUUCGAAAUCUAAAUCCAUUACUUAUGUAAAUUCGAAACCUUACAAUCGAUUAGAUCUUAUAGGAAGAGGAGGAAGUAGUAAAGUGUUUAGAGUAAUGGACCAAAAUCAUAAAAUGUUUGCUCUUAAAAAAGUUCAUUUCGACAAAGCAGACAAAAGUGCAAUUGUUAAUUUCAAAGACGAAAUUGAAUUAUUAAAAAAACUUUCAGGGCAUGAGAGAAUUAUUAAAUUAUAUGAUUCUGAAAUUAAUGAUACAAAAGGUUAUUUAACAAUGAUAUUAGAAAUCGGAGAAAUCGAUUUAUCACAUUUACUUGCAAAACAACAUCAAAGACCGUUAGAUAUAAACUUUGUUCGAUUAUAUUGGGAUCAAAUGCUUCAGGCUGUUCAGGCUGUUCAUGAUCAAAAAAUUGUUCAUUCUGACCUAAAACCUGCGAAUUUUUUGCUUGUUGAAGGUUCUCUUAAAUUAAUAGAUUUCGGUAUUGCUAAAGCGAUCGGAAAUGAUACUACAAACAUUCAUCGUGAUUCACAAAUAGGAACUAUUAAUUAUAUGUCUCCAGAAGCAUUAUCUGAAGCACAUUCUAGUACACCAGGAGAACAAAAAGUGAUGAAACUAGGAAGAGCAAGUGAUAUAUGGAGCCUGGGAUGCAUAUUAUAUCAAAUGGUAUAUGGAAAAACACCUUUUGCUCAUCUAACAAUGUUUCAAAAAAUCAAAGCAAUACCGGAUCCUAAGCAUUCUAUCAAUUUUCCAACUAUGGCAUUUCCUAUUGCACAUAAUGGACAAAGUCAACCAGAUGGUGUUAGAGUUAAUAAAAAUUUGAUAAAAGUUAUGAAAAGUUGUCUUGAAAGAGAUCAAACAAAAAGAAAAACAAUACCAGAAUUAUUACAAGACCGGUUUUUGCAACCUGAAAAACAUCUACAAAAUGAAAAGCCAACUGUCAGACUAACAUUAGAACAAAUGAUCCAAUUAGUUGAACAAAUAGUAGAAGCAGUAAAAUCCGAAAAACAUACUUUGGAACAAUUAAAAGCAGCAACUAAUGAAUCUUUUGCGAGAUUAUUAGAAAUCCAAGAAGGCUAACAAAAAGCUAUAAUAGCCAUAUUUGAAA